AUUCGCGAUACAGAUACUCGUCAAGAAUGCCCGUCAAAUUGUAUAAUUUCGCGCCAGAAACUUUGCGUCCAACAUGGGUGAACCGAUGCAGCGAAGAUCUGGAAUGCCUGGAUCUAGAAGAGGAACAGCCUCUAGCGCAGCUAAGCAGCGUUCAAACAGACAAGCUGACGCUCUUCUUCACAGAGUUGCUGGACCACGACCGCGAUGACGUCAUCAUCGACCAGGACUUCGAUCAUUUCUUCGAGAGGCUGGCACAUUUCGCCGACUGGUCGCCCAAUUCGUCCGAAUUUCACAUAUUACUUGAAGUGAAGCAAGAGUUCGUCGAACACUUCAUCAAUCCAUUGCCUACAAAGUGGGCGGAGUUGCCUUAUUACAGAAGGGUAUGUGGCCCAGAAGCUAGCGGUAUAAAUAUGCCAGGUAGAACUACCCUCGAGGGGUGGUUAGCGCGCUGGGCGCUAUACCUGAACCAGGCGAAACGGUUCACAGAUCUACCACUAUAUCUUCAAUACCUGUGCAAGAUUUUAUUCCAUGUGGUCGACAGAGAUGGUACAGGGGCAAUAACGAAGUCGGCAUUAGGAGCAUUUUACAGGUCCGUAAUAGGGCUAACUGCCACCCGUGUUGAGGAAAUCAUAGACACCGCGUAUGACCGCAUGACGAGCAACGGCUACCUAAUCCUAGACUACGGCACCUAUGUCCAUUGCUUCACCAACUGGCUGAUGGGUAAGAACCCCAACGGCCCCGGACAGUGGGUUCUCGUUCCGCCUAAGGAUUCAUUACCACAACCACCAUUCCCUGUCGACUACAGCGCAUUAAACACUGAGCCAGCGAAAUUGGAACCUUAUGUACCAGACAAAAAGACUAACCGACAUUCUGUCAUUGUUUAAUAGAACUCCUUUAGUCAGUAGAUUUGUAAAUACUUACUUUAUAAUUGAAGAUUAUAGAAAUAGGGUAUUAUGCCUUAAUGAAGUAUGAUAAGUACUGCUAUUCGCUUAGAUUUUUUAUUCUAAAAAGUGUUUCAUCACAAAAGAAUGACUAUUUACUUAUAUUAAGUUACAGUCGAAAAAACUAUUGCUUUUACUUUC